GCUCCAUCCAGCCAAGUCGCAGUUAUCAACUCGACAACGUCCUGAUCCCUCAAUUGAUCCAGCGGCACUUCUAUAACCACGAUGUUGUCUCGAGCUCUCCGACUUCCCAGGGCUGUGCCUAUGCGCACCAAGCUCGCCGCUCCCGCUUAUACCGCUGUUCGCUCCGUCACCACCGACGCUGCCUCUGCGUCCCUGAGCCACUCAGUCCCCAAGGCCGAUGACGAGCCUUUCUCCGUUAACCUCAGCGAUGAGAGCUUCGAGACUUAUGAGCUGGACCCCCCUCCUUACACCCUGGAGGUGACCAAGAAGGAGUUGAAGGAUAUGUACCGCGAGAUGGUUGUCACCCGACAGAUGGAGAUGGCUGCCGAUCGUCUGUACAAGGAGAAGAAGAUUCGUGGUUUCUGCCAUCUGUCCACCGGACAGGAGGCUGUUGCCGUUGGUAUUGAGCAUGCCAUCACUAAGGAGGACGACAUCAUUACCGCCUACCGAUGCCACGGUUAUGCCCUUCUCCGUGGCGCCUCCGUCCGAUCCAUCAUCGGUGAGCUGCUCGGCCGACGUGAGGGUAUCUCAUACGGCAAGGGUGGUUCCAUGCACAUGUUCGCCAAGGGCUUCUACGGCGGUAACGGUAUCGUCGGUGCUCAGGUCCCCGUCGGUGCUGGUCUUGCCUUUGCUCACAAGUACAACAACAACAAGAACGCUUCCAUUAUCCUCUACGGUGAUGGUGCCAGCAACCAGGGUCAGGUCUUUGAGGCUUUCAACAUGGCCAAGCUCUGGAACCUUCCCGCUCUCUUUGGUUGCGAGAACAACAAAUAUGGCAUGGGUACUGCUGCUGCUCGUUCUUCUGCCUUGACCGACUACUACAAGCGUGGUCAGUACAUCCCUGGUCUCAAGGUCAACGGUAUGGAUGUCCUCGCCGUCAAGGCUGCCGUCAAGUACGGUAAGGAGUACACCGCUGCCGACAAGGGUCCUCUCGUCCUUGAGUACGUCACAUACCGAUACGGUGGUCACUCCAUGUCCGACCCCGGUACCACCUACCGAACCCGUGAGGAGAUUCAGCGCAUGCGCUCCACCAACGACCCUAUUGCCGGACUCAAGCAGAAGAUUCUGGACUGGGAGAUCACAACUGAGGAGGAGCUUAAGAAGAUUGACAAGGAAGCCCGCGCCCACGUCAACGAGGAGGUCGCUGCUGCUGAGGCCAUGGCUGCGCCUGAGGCCAAGCCCGAGAUUCUGUUCGAGGAUAUCUACGUCCGAGGAUCCGAGCCCGAGUACAUCCGUGGACGUAUUCCUGAGGAGAACCACUACUUCCAGUAGAGGGGUCGAGAGCGAAAUCGUAUCACCAUAAUGAUUCUAGCACUUGUUGCUUGCUGUAAUAUACAUCCAUGAUCUAUCUAGAAAGAGGCCUGGCACGGUCCGAAAAUGGAGAAGGGCGAGGACCCAGGAUUGCUUUUUUUACGUGUAACUCAUGGAUGUCUUUUGUCUUAAUGCGGCUCAUAUCAACAUUUUUUCUCAGAAUGUUCCAACAUCAUGAAAUUGUCAAGUC